GGCAAGGCGGCUUUUUGCUCUUCCGCCGGCCCAGUUAUGGCUUCCGGUGUCGUUAGUCGCGGGGUCCGAGACAGGCUGGACUGAUCUAGCGAGUCGCGAAGGGCCUGCCUAGAUCAAGAGACGUAACGCAGAUACUGCGGGCAGUGUUUGAAGAUGGCCCUAAACAGUGUGUCCCUGUCCGCCGGUGAUCAGAGAAGCAGGGUGGCCUGCCGCUUUUCCCACGGCGACCUCAGCCCGCCGGCGUCAGCAUUGGCGAUGGUCUCUGGAGACGGCUUCCUUGUUUCCGGGCCCGAGGCAGUUCGUCUAGAACCUGGGCAGGCUGUGGGACCCAGCGUUCGGGCCGAGAGCCGUCGAGUGAAUGGUGGGGGCCGGGGCCGGGGCCGGGGUCGGAGCCGGAGCCGCCACGCCCGAUUCUCACCCUACCGGCUACCUGGCGUUAAAUCCGAUCUCUUACGAAGUGCGCUGCAGCAGCGUUUGAUUGCAUUCGGAGGUGUCACCGCAGCUCGACUUGCAGUUUAAACCAACUCCUUUCUUCUGACCCUCACUUAGCUUGUAAACACCCCUCUUUAAAAUCCUUUGUUGGUGUAGCA